AUGGUGCUGGUAUUGGCCUUAGGCGAUCUUCACAUACCACAUAGGGCACCUGAUCUGCCACCUAAGUUCAAAUCCAUGCUUGUUCCUGGGAAGAUCCAGCACAUCAUUUGCACUGGAAACCUUUGUAUCAAGGAGGUUCAUGAUUACUUGAGGACUGUUUGUCCUGACCUGCAUAUCACUCAAGGUGAAUACGAUGAAGAGACACGUUACCCAGAGACCAAAACACUAACCAUUGGUCAAUUCAAGCUUGGAAUAUGCCAUGGUCACCAGGUUAUACCAUGGGGGGACCUGGACUCAUUGGCCAUGCUUCAGAGGAAGCUAGAUGUAGACAUACUUGUGACUGGUCAUACCCAUCAGUUCAAGGCUUACAAGCAUGAGGCUGGAGUGGUUAUAAACCCAGGAUCUGCCACUGGUGCACACAGUAGCAUCACUUACGAUGUCAACCCUAGCUUUGUUCUCAUGGACAUCGAUGGCCUGCGUGUGGUGGUCUAUGUUUAUGAACUUAUUGACGGAGAGGUUAAGGUUGACAAGAUUGAUUUCAAGAAGACCACUGCAACAGCACCCUCUGCUCAUUGA